UACAUAAAUUUUUCUUCUUUGCAUAAUAUAUUCCUAGAAGAAAGAGAGAGGACAACAACAAUGGGAGUUUCUCACUUCCUUUGUUUUGCCAUUGCUUCUUUGCUAUGUUUUGCACUGGUCUCCCCCUCCCAUGCCCAAAACUCCCCACAGGACUACCUCGACGCCCACAACGCGGCAAGGAGGCAGGUCGGCGUGGGGCCGAUGGUGUGGGAUGACAAGCUCGCCACCUACGCCCGUGACUACGCCAACAAGCGCAUUGGGGACUGCAAGCUGGUCCAUUCCGGUGGGCCCUACGGUGAGAACCUGGCCUGGAGCAGCGGCGACAUGUCAGGUACAACCGCCGUGAAAUUGUGGGUGGACGAGAAGGCGUACUACAACUACAACUCCAACACCUGCGCUCAGGGCAAGGUCUGCGGGCACUACACCCAGGUGGUGUGGCGCAACUCCGUCCGGCUGGGUUGUGCCAAAGUGAGGUGCAACUCUGGAGGAACGUCCAUCAUAUGCAGUUAUGAUCCUCGUGGAAACAUCGUUGGACAGAAACCUUACUAAGGAUUAAACACCGAUGUAAAAGUUACCUAAGAAUGCCCUAACGCCACCAUUUGUCGUGGCUGUUUGAUACUAAAUAAAGUCACGCACAUUCAUAUUACAUACGAAGUAACAAUGUGUAUGUGGAUUGUAAUAAGUUAUAUGAAA